AUGAACAAAGGUCUCAUUGAGAUGAGUCCUAUACAGCAAGCUCUCAUUUAUUCAUUUUGUGAAAACCAUGACAAGGCCAUUCAGGUGUUGGAUGGGGCCACUUUGAAUAAGCCUGAGAUCAACAUAAUUAUUCUAUUAGCAAAAACCCAAAUGAAGGCCAAGAGAACCAAGGAGGCUGUGAAGCUGUUUAAAAAGGCGUUGGAUGUCUGUUCUCAUUCUGAGAGAGGACCCCAUGCCUUAGAGGCGACAGUGGACUGUCUGUAUAACUUGGGUCUUUGUUACAUGGAUGAAGGCAAUUUGCAAACGGCUUUUGAGUCUUUUACCAAAGCUGUGAAAUUAAAUCCCAAUUUUGCAGAAGGCUUCCAUCAACGAGGGCUUUGUAAAGUAAAACUCCACAAGGAUAGCUCAAUCCUGGAUUUUAAUCGUGCAAUUACCCUCAAUCCAAAUCAUUAUGAGGCGUAUUUAAACCGAGUGGCCUUCUAUGGUUUGAAAGGCAGAUACUCCAAAGCAAUCUUGAAUUGUAACGAGGCCAUCAACAUUUACCCUCAGAGUGUGCGGGCUUACAUCUACAGAGGCGUUCUGAAAUACCACAACAGGACUUAUAAGCUAGCGAUUACAGAUUUAACUACCGCUAUCAACAUGGACAAAAACAGUUAUGUAGCAUUUUAUAACAGAGCAGUGUGUUACACCAAGAUAGGUGAACUUCAGAUGGCAUUAAUGGAUUAUGGAAUCGUGCUUCUUCUUGAUGCUGGAAAAACUGUGGCAUUCAAUACGUUAGUUAAUCGUGGACUCAUCUAUUUAGGACAAGGGCAUCACUGUUUCGCAUUAGAGGAUUUUAAACAAGCUGCGUUGCUGAGCAAGACUAAUGUGAACCUUUGUCAAGCUACCGCCUUGUGCUAUCACAGAAACAAAGAGUUUGCAGAAGCUGUCACUUUCUUCACAUUGGCUCUUAGUAUUAAUCCCUAUUUUUUGGAUGCUUAUAUUGGACGGGGAAAUUCUUACAUGGAAUAUGGUCACGAUGAAGGCAUCAAACAAGCACAGAAGGACUUUCUGAAAGCGCUGCAUUACAAUCCAAUAUGCACAAAAGCCAGAGUUUCAUUAGGUUAUAAUUUGCAGGCCCAAGAAAAAUUCCAGAAAGCUUGGAACCACUUUACCAUUGCCAUAGAAGUUGAUCCAAAGAGCUACCUAGCCUAUGAAGGAAGAGCUGUGGUCUGUCUUCAGAUGGGUAAUAACUUUGCUGCAAUACAGGAUAUUAACAUGGCCAUUAAGAUCAAUACUACAGCAGAAUUCUUAACAAAUCGUGGUGUGAUUCAUGAGUUUAUGGGCCAGCAACAAAAUGCAAUGAGAGACUAUCAAGCAGCAAUUUCUUUAAACCCUACAUACGCACUGGCUUACUUUAAUGCAGGAAAUAUCUACUUUCACCACAGGCAGUUUUCCCAGGCCAGCGACUACUUCUCAAAGGCUUUAAAGUUUGAUCCAGAAAAUGAAUGUGCUACCAUGAAUCGAGCUAUUGCAAAUACAAUAUUAAAGAAGUAUGAAGAAGCAAAAGAAGAUUUUGCAAAUGUAGUUGAAAGCUGUCCCUUUUGGGCUGCGGUGUUUUUUAACAGAGCACAGUUCUAUUGUUGUUUAAAGCAAUAUGAAUUAGCUGAGGAAGACCUCAGUAAAGCUCUGUCUUUGAACCCUAGUGAUGCCCUGGUAUAUAAUCUGAGAGCAGAAGUUCGUGGUAAAAUGGGUGCGAUUGAGGAAGCUAUGGCUGACUAUAACCAAGCACUUGAUCUUCAAGAAUAUGCCAAGUGA